GUCACCCUCGCCAUACUUGGCACGCUGACACCAUCACACCCCACCCAACCUUAUUCGCCUUGUUUCGCUCAUGAUUCGGCCACCGGGGUGGGUCGGAAGAGCAAGGCCAAAGGAAACACGGCCCAUACCCGCACAAUCCUACCUGCCGUCCUGCAUGUUCAUAUUGCACUCGAGAGCGCAAGCAAGACCCUCCCAAAAAGCUCAUUAAUUAGCCCUCGCAAUCCCAAUAACCCGCCUUAUCGUCUUCACCCGGCGGAGAAAUCACCCCAAAAUUUUACCCGCCUUAUCUAA